UCAGCACUAAGAGGGGUUUAAGCUGUCUGCCUCAUGUGUUCAAUCCCGCCUCCUGUAAGGAUCUCACAUAGUAAAAUGGCUGAAAAGCAGAAACACGAAGGCAGGGUAAAGAUAGGACACUACAUCCUCGGAGACACGUUGGGAGUCGGGACAUUUGGAAAAGUGAAGAUUGGAGAGCACCAGCUAACAGGACAUAAAGUUGCCGUGAAGAUCCUCAACAGGCAGAGGAUCCGCAGUCUCGAUGUCGUGGGGAAAAUCAAAAGAGAGAUUCAGAACCUUAAGCUCUUCAGACAUCCACACAUCAUCAAGCUGUAUCAGGUGAUCAGCACUCCCACAGACUUCUUCAUGGUGAUGGAGUAUGUGUCUGGAGGGGAACUCUUUGACUAUAUUUGUAAGCAUGGAAGGGUGGAGGACACAGAGGUCCGACGUCUUUUCCAGCAGAUCAUCUCAGCGGUCGAUUACUGCCACAGACACAUGGUGGUGCACAGAGACCUCAAGCCUGAAAAUGUUCUGCUGGAUGGCAACAUGAAUGCCAAGAUCGCUGACUUUGGUCUGUCGAACAUGAUGUCAGAUGGAGAGUUCCUGAGAACGAGCUGCGGAUCACCGAACUACGCUGCACCAGAGGUCAUCUCAGGAAGGCUGUAUGCUGGUCCAGAGGUGGACAUCUGGAGCUGUGGUGUCAUUCUCUAUGCACUGCUCUGUGGGACACUGCCGUUUGAUGACGAGCACGUGCCCACACUCUUCAAAAAGAUCCGUGGAGGGGUCUUCUACAUCCCAGAAUACCUCAACCGCCCCGUGGCCAGUCUACUUAUGCUCAUGUUGCAAGUGGACCCACUAAAGAGAGCUACUAUCAAAGACAUCAGAGAGCAUGAGUGGUUUAAGCAGGACCUUCCUUGCUACCUCUUCCCUGAGGACCCCUCGUACGACGCCACAGUGGUGGACGAGGAGGCCGUGCGCGAGGUGUGUGAGAAGUUUGAGUGCACUGAAGCUGAAGUACUGAGCAGCCUCUACAGCGGAGACCCUCAGGACCAGCUGGCCGUGGCGUACCACCUCAUCAUCGACAACCGCCGCAUCAUGAACCAGGCCAGCGAGUUCUACCUGGCCUCCAGUCCCCCAACCAGCUCCUUCAUGGAGGAGGGCAUGCCUCUGCCGCCAGGGGUCAAAGCUCACCCCGAACGGAUGCCCCCGCUCCUGGCCGACAGCCCAAAGGCACGGUGUCCUCUGGACGCCCUCAACACCACCCGACCCAAACCGCUGGCGGUAAAGAAAGCAAAAUGGCACUUGGGCAUACGGAGCCAGAGCAAACCCUACGACAUCAUGGCUGAGGUUUAUCGUGCCAUGAAACAGCUGGAGUAUGAAUGGAAAGUGGUGAACCCCUAUCACCUGAGAGUGCGACAGAAGAAUCCUGUCACUGGGAAUUUUGUGAAGAUGAGUCUGCAGCUCUACCAGGUGGACAAUCGGAGCUACCUGCUCGACUUCAAGAGCAUUGAUGAUGAUGUUAUCGAGCACAAGUCAGGGUCGUCCACUCCCCAGCGCUCUGGCUCUACGGCUGGCCUCCAUCGACCGCGGCUCAGCAUCGACUCUGCGAGCGUUUCUGUUGAGAUGCCCCAGCUGAGCAGCUCUCUUCCGGGCUCUCUGACCGGGAGCACACCUCUGCUGGCUCCUCGGCAGGGCAGCCACACCAUGGACUUCUUCGAAAUGUGUGCCAGUCUCAUCACUACGCUGGCUCGCUGAGAACCUCGCACACCAUCAUCUGAUGGUCUUUACCUCUUUACAGUCAAAAGGUCAAGGGUUAAGGGUUGUGAUUUUUGGAGUUGGGGUGCUUUUAGGUCAGUCCUGCAGUAGCGACACAAACAUACGGUACCUAAAGAGUUUUUGGACUGACCUACAAAUGUAUGAAAGUCAUUGCAUUAGUUAACCUAUGAUAAUAUCAAAGUUAUCAGCAAACAAGUAAUCACUUAAAUGGUUAGUUCACCCAAAAAUGAAAAUUGGCUCUUCCAAGCUUUAUAAUGGCAGUGGGCGGGAGUUUCUGUUCAACAGUCCACAAGACGUCAAAUAAAGCGUGUGCAUCCGUAGUAAAACAUGCCUCACAUGGCUCCACGGGGUGAAUAGCGAAUCCAUGCGUCUUUGUGAGAAUUGACUAAAUAUCUUUAUGGAAUAUGAUCUUUACUUACUUGCUACAAAUAUAUCCAUGCAACUUAUGACAUAUUCAAAAAUAAUGUAAGACAUUUCUUAGGUUUUCAGUGAAAUAAUGACAAAUUAUAAAUUGUAUUAUUCAUUUGAAUUUGAAUGAUUAUUAAGUUAUAAUUGAUAAAUUCCGAUUAUAUUCCAAUGAUGUUUGAUGAUCAGAUAAUUAUUAUUAUUUUUUAAACAGUGCAUCGUUUUGUGAUUUAAAAAUUUUGUGAUUUUUUAUUUUUUUUUCUUUAUCUAAUGCAAUGACAUUCAUUUGUUCCAAAACCUUUUUAGGGCCGCUUUAACCAGAAGUUCUCCUCAACAUCAUUAGUUUAAAUAAUUGAAAAACUAUAAACAUACUGCUGAUUUUAUAUACACAUUUUUUGUUGUUGUUGGUUUUUACAAUAUGUAUUAUACAGUAUAUUUGUAUUCUCAUAUCAAUCACUUGAGCUGUAUAGUUUAGUUGAAUAGCUAUUGAUUGCAAUGACAUACCAAAAAUAGGUUUAUGCAUUCAGCGCAAAGAUCAUGAUUUAAUUAUAUUAGAGAUUCUUGCUUAUUUUACGAAGAAUUCAUAUCUAUCAUUUUAUUUAAGUGGUAAUUUAUGGAGUGAAGAACUUGAGUGUUGUGGGUUUGGCUUGCAGUCUCCAGAGAGCGUUUAUCAAAGAGCAGUGUAACUGCUGUUGCUGUAUGUCACAGUGGAUCUCUGAUGAUACACGCCAUCUGCAGUGGAAAAGCCUGACCUCGACCUAUCUGUGUCUGUCUCGGAGGCCUUGCUUACAUCAUGUGCUGUGCUGCUGCCAUAGAAAGACAAACAUGCUGGAUGAAGGCAGACCGAGCAGCCAAAAAGCUUCAAUGUUGUGCCUUGAUAUGGCUAAAAUGCAAACAGAGCAGAAUAGAGACAGAUGAAGCAGAGAAUGUGCCAGUCGUUUUGUUGAUACGCGUGAGCCUUUAAUUAGACGGCCUUAAAAUAUUCCCAAUGCUUGAGAUUACAGACAGCCAGGAAGACCUUAUUGAAGCAUUCAUCGUGAAUGACACAUACAGCUUUAUUCAAUUCAUUUAUGCUUUUAGAACCUAGAUUUUAAUACAUGAAUAUAUUAAAAAUUAUUUUAUGAAUCAUCAGACAAAAUUGUUUAUGUAAUAUUUUUUUAUGUUUUGAAUGUUUCUCCUGCUUAUCAAGGCUGCAUUUAUUUGAUCAAAAAUACAGUAAAUGUAAUGUAUUGUUAAUAUUAUUACAAUUUAAAAUAACUGAUGUGAAUUUGCAAAUUGUAAUUUAUUUAUUUGAUGCAAAUGUGAAUUUGCGACAGCAUUAAGCAGGAAUAUGAUGAUUUUUGGUUUAAGAAACAUUUCUAAAUUAUUAUCAAUGUUGAAUUUAUUUUAUUUUUUUCAUCAAGGAUGCAUUAAAUUGAUCAAGAGUGAUCAUUUAUCAUCUUACUAAAGAUUUCUAUUUCCAAUAAAUACUGCUCUUUUGAACUUUAUAUCUGUCAAAGAAUUAAGAAAAAUAAAAUAUUAGUUUCUCUAAAAUAAACACAAAGAUUUCUGAAGGAUCAUGUGACACUAAAGACUGGAGUUAUGAUGCUGAAAAUAUAGCUUAGCAUCAAGAAAUAAAUGACAUUUUACAUUAUAUUCUCACAGAAAACAGUUAUUUUAAUUUGUAUAAUAAUAUUUCACAAUUCUUACUGUAUUUAGGAUCAAAUAAAUGCAGCCAUUCUAAGAGAACAGACAUUGAAAAACAUGAAUCAAUCUGUAUCUAUCCCAAACCUUUGACUGGUAGCAUACUGAAGCAGACUUGCUCAAACACAAUAUAACACAGGGUGGUGUGUAUCUGAUGAGGACAUAUAAAGUGACCCCAGCCGAGAGCAUUUAGAUUAGUGACCCCCUUCCCUGGGAUGCCUUAAAUAGGUUCAGAACUGUAUUGUUUCUAAUUGAAUAUGCUUUAACAUAUGUUUAUGCGUGCGGUUGUUUGUAUGGAGUAGAUACAAUGUAUUUAUUAGUUACACAUAUUUAUUCUUUAUUUAAGCUCACCUCUGAAGUGUUACUUGUGAACAAACAACAUAACGGAAAGUGUAUUUGUUGUAGUUGUCUUUGUGCCAACGUGUAUUAAUGGACAGCUACAACCCAGCCAGGCAGGAAAUAGCACUGGAAGAUGACUGAAUAUGAGAGGAAUGAACAUUAUAUGCAGAUUAUACACUAUGAGAAAUCAUUCAAUCAAACACAGCAGCCAAAAAAAGCUAGAAACAAGCUAGAUCUCACUCCUUUUCAUAUUCAGUCCUGCCGGUUCAUAAUUUAUUAUGGACAAACUUGAUCACAAAUUGUGUUUGUACGUAUAGAUGUGGUGGUCUCGCUGAAUCAACCCCUCGGUCUUGUACUGUAAAGAACGGUUGAACGGCUCGCGUUGUGUGCAUGAGCAGAGCGUUUCUGUGUUUUGUAGAAGUAUGCUGGAUUUUUAUGAUACACGGCUGCAGUUGUACCAUUUUAAAACUGAAUGUGAACCAGAAAGGUAGAAAGUUCUCGCAGAAAUCUUGCUUCAUAUCGUUUAGAAGCAAUGCAAUAAAUGUGAUGCCUCUAAAUAGUUUGUCAACGGUUAAGCGGAAACCACACUGCUGGGGGACGGUUUUUUUUCUGAUUUCCGGAGAAGAUUAGACUGGAUUAUGGUGUUGUUUUCGUGGAAAAAUAUUGCACAGUCUGAAAUUCCUCAGAGAAGUUAAAGCCUUUACGCAUUCUUCAUAUUUUCCACACAAAUCCCAAGUUCACUCCAGGUCAUUUUGAGGAUCAGUGCGACUCUUUGGAGCGGAGGGUGGUUUUGGGCUGGUUUAGGGAGUUUAUCGCCCCCUGCUGCUGAAUGAAAUCAUUUAACUCAUUCAUGUCGGUCUAAACAUGUAUGAGUUUCUUUCUUCUGUUGAACACAAAAGAAGAUAUUUUGAAUAAUGCUGCUGGUAACCACACAGUUGGUGGUAGCCAUCGACUUCUAUAUUAUUUUGAACCAUACAAUGGAAGUUAAUUGCUACCGGCAACUAUUUGGUAGCCAGCAUUCUUCUUUUGUGUUCACCAGAAAGAAGGAAACUCAUACAGGUUUGGAAAAAGAGGAGGGUGAGUAAACUAAACAGAAUCAGAUUUAGAUGGGAAUGGCAGGAAUGUGUGCUUCAUGCAGUUGUGGUUAGUAUUUGUCUUAUUUCGAGGUCAGAUACUAAAAGUCUCAUAUUGACAGUUUAAUGUCUGUUAUAUCAGCUUCAUUGCUGUGUUUUGUGGAAACUGGUCAGAAACUUUACGGCCCCCAUUAGUGUGACAGUCACAAGGCCAUGGCUUCAGCUCAUGUUCAGUGUUUUUUGUCUGUGUAGAGGCGUUUGCGCUGGAUAUUAUACCCUCUCUCCGGUGUAGUGUUGAGAGUUGUGUGUCUUCUGCCUGUUCCCGAGCCCUGCUGGGAGACGACCUCUGUCUGUCAGUGUCUACAUGCCUGUUCUGUACAUGUGUGCGUGUCACUUCCUGUCUGUGUGUGCGGUUUGAAUUUUAAAAGUUAUGCACUGCAUGGUGUUCCUGUUCUGAUUUGCACUUUAAUUUGUAUUGUUAAAAGAAAAAAAUGGGAAAAUAAAGCGGUAUAUGCA